AUGAGUAGUGCCGAGAUCGCGGCCCUCGAGGGCGAAGUGAAGGAAUACAAACUACAACUGGAGACGGUCCAGCUGAGUCUGCAAAAUGACCCCGAUAACAGCGAGUUGCAGAGCCUCAGACAAGAACUUGAAGAAGUCAUUUCCCUCACCGAAUCUGCCAUUGCAGAACUAAAGCCUCCAUCAGCACCAACUCCGCCUGCACAACCCGCCACGCCGCUCGUGAAGGAAAAAUGGUCCAAAGAGAACCACCCUGCAUAUCAAGCAGGUUAUCGGAAGCCCGAGGUCGAGUCGGAAGACACGAGCAGUCCUACGGCGUUUGCUGUCAACGACACGGUAUCGGCCAGGUGGAAAUCCGGCGAUGGGGGAUAUUAUACAGCGCGCAUUACAUCCAUCACAGGUUCAUCCAGUGACCCAGUCUAUAUCGUAACAUUCAAAAACUACGGCAAUACAGAAACGCUCAAAGCCAAGGACAUCAAGCCGCUGACCACUGAAGCCAGGAAGCGUAAGGCUGAUGGAAUGUCAGGAUCAUCCACCCCAGUUUCUCCGCCGUCGAAUCCGAAUGUCAUUUCGGCCGCAGCCAGCGUUGAUCUCGCUCUGGCACAGCAGGCUCGCCGUGAGCCAAGCAAAGUCAGCGACGGGCCCAUUCGACCCGCGAAGAUACCUCGCAAGGUCAAGGCCAACAAGGAGCUGGAAGCCGGCAAAUCCAAAUGGCAAGACUUUGCAGCCAAGAGCAAGGCCGGGAAAAUGACCAAGAAGGAAAGCAUGUUCCGCACGGGUGAAAGUGUCAAGGCUAGAGUGGGGUUUACCGGCAGUGGUCAUGAGAUGCGCAAAGAUCCUGCAAGAACGCGACACAUUUACCAAGAGGGCGGCCAGGAUGACUGA